AUGGAUGAACUUCAAAGGCAGCGUAAUUUUAUACUGUCCAAUAUGACGCCUAUCCAACCAAAAUACAGAUACGAGAAAGCUGACAGUUGUCGUCGUCUCAACAAUGUCUUUUAUUUGGGAAUCGGAAAUGAAGGAAGAAUCAGAGUUUGCAAAUAUUUCUUCAUUUCGACCUUAGGCAUCAACUCUAGGGUGAUACGAACUGUUGUUAUGAAGCAAAAAAAUGUAUGCAGUGGUAUGCUCAAAGUCGACUUAAGAGGAAAACAUAAAAGUCAUGUGACAGUUCCAGAUGAACUGAAAAAUGGUCUAAGGCAACACAUAAUAAGCAUGCCUAGAAUCGAAAGCCACUAUUGCCGAUCGCAGACACAAAAAGAGUAUAUAGAAGGUGGAAAGACAAUUUCGCAGCUUUACACGGAUUACAAAAAAACUUGCACAGACCAAAACUUACCUUUUGUCAAAUACUCUAUGUACUACACCAUUUUCAAUACUGAAUUUAAUAUGGGAUUUUUUAACCCCAAAAAAGAUCAAUGUGAGCUUUGUCUUACCUUUGCAAAUGCAAAUGAAGAGAAUCGCUUACAAAUGCAAGACCCAUAUAACGAACACAUUACCGAGAAAGAGCUAGCUCGCGUUGAAAAAGCCAAUGAUAAGGAUUCUGACAGAAUUGUCAUUGUUUACGAUCUACAGGCGGUUCUACCAUGUCCAUCCGGAGAGGCUCAGUCAUUUUAUUAUGUUUCUAAGUUGAACGUUUUCAACUUUUCUAUGUUCCGCCUACAAACAAAAGAUGUUACAUGUUAGCUUUGGCAUGAGGGACAAGGACAUAGAGGUGCAAACGAAAUCGGAUCUUGUGUUUGGGACUACCUGGAGAAUCUGGAUCAAGAAAUUGACUCGCUGGGCACAAAUGAAAAAAAAGAUGUAGUUUUUUAUUUCGACAAUUGCGUUGGACAGCAGAAAAACAAGUUUAUGGUCACACUGUAUGUCUACGCUGUUUGUAAACUAAACUGUAUACAAUCAAUAACACAUAAGUUCCUGACAGUUGGUCAUACCCAAAAUGAGGGGGUGAUAGUGUACAUUCAGUAACUGAAAGGCGGGUUAGAAGAUUUAAGAAAAACGGUCCAAUCUAUGUACCUGAGCAGUACGUCAAUAUAAUACGAGAUGCAAGGAAAACCUUAUGCUGUUAAAGAAAUGUGUUACCAAAGUUUUUUUGAUCUCAAAGACCUCACUAGUCAGAUAGGACUGAAUAUCAACAAAAUUGCUGACGCUAGAGUAAUAUCUGUCA